CUUAGCGCAGCUAGCUUGACGCAGCGGAGAACCAAACGGAGGCAGAGCGGAUCAAUUUGGAGCUACGACGGCUGAUCGGGAUUAUGCGGCGACACUGAUUGCUGCAUCGGCUGAACAUACUGUGUCCUCAUCGAGUCUAUCAGCUGUGACGUCGCCUCAGUCUCCAGGUUUUAGUCUGUCCCCGGCCUGUAUGCAGCCUGCCAAGGGCCCGGCCUAACUCCUGGUGCUCCUUCUCUCCCACCUCCUCCUCCCUCCUUUCCCUACCCUCCUCCCCCCUGCCCCCCUCCCUCCAUCCUCACCCCCCCCUGCCUGGUGUCAUACACAGACUCCCAGCAUUUAGCCCCGACCGGCGGCCUGGCUGGCUGCCCCCAUACAGGUGGAUGAAUGAAGACCCCAUUCAAGAGCCCAGCGCCCCGCGGCCCCGAGCAGACGGGGGACAUUCUGGAGUUUCUGCAAAUAUGAUGAAGAAAAAGAACACACACAAGAAACAGAAAACCAGUGUUGGUCCCAGUAAGGCUCUGGCUCAGCCCAGGAGAAACAUAGUGGGCUGCAGGAUCCAGCACAUCUGGAAGGAGGGCAGUAAGUCGUCUCAGUGGAAGGGGACGGUCCUGGAUCAGGUUCCUGUCAACCCCUCGCUAUACCUGAUCAAAUACGACGGCUUCGACUGCAUCUACGGCCUGGAGCUGUACAGCGAUGAGCGGGUGGUGGGGCUGGAGGUCCUCCCUGACAGAGUGGCUCCGGCCCGCGUGAGCGACUCCAUGCUGGCGGAGACGAUGAUCGGGAAAGCGGUGGAGCACAUGUUUGAGACGGAGGACGGGCCGAAGGAGGAGUGGAGGGGGAUGGUGCUGGCUCGCGCUCCCAUCAUGACCGCCUGGUUCUACAUCACCUACGAGAAGGACCCGGUGCUCUACAUGUACCAGCUGCUGGACGACUACAAGGAGGGAGACCUGCGCAUCAUGCCCGACUCCAACGACAGUGUGACGACGGAGCGGGAGCCCGGCGAGGUGGUGGACAGUCUGGUGGGUAAGCAGGUGGAGUACGCCAAAGAGGACGGCGGGAAGCGGUCGGGGAUGGUCAUCCACCAGGUGGAGGCCAAGCCGUCCGUCUACUUCAUCAAGUUCGACGACGACUUCCACAUCUACGUCUACGACCUGGUCAAGACCUCUUAAGACCUGAAAACGUGGUCAGAUAAAGACUUACUGAGACCUGCCUAGACCCACUGAACCCCCCCGCACCCCCCUCCCCCCUCUCGACGCCCAGUGAAGAAAAGUACAGCUUAAACGUCCUGACACUCCCUCCGAUCUACAGAGACUCCUGAGACAGACGAUAACAUCCCUCGACUCUUUUUUUCAUGAUACGCCUUAAAAAAAAAAUCCUGAUGAACAAAAACGUUGAGACCAGCUACAGGUCUACAGAAGACCCCCCUGAGGUGUGUUGACUCAUCAUCCAUCAUUCAUCAUACAUGUCCGGACAUCUUCACCUGACACCUUUACCCUGAAAACGACCCUGAAGAAGACAAGCGAGCAAUUCAGGGUCAUUUGGAAUAAAAACUUAAACAUGUCCCCGAUGUAAACAAAAACUCUCCAAUAAAAUCUGGUUCAGUCUGAAAACUUGAGUCCUGCAACUUGAGACGUCCAGAGAUCGACGAGGUCACGAUCCUGACACCCCUCCGGACCAAACUUAACAGGUCUGAUACGAUUCUCUUCAGGGUCUAAGCUGCUCUGAAACCACCUGAGGAAACGCACAGACCUCCUCCCCCCUUUCCUGAGACCCUGUCAGACUGUCUGAGACCAUUACGUGUCCAGAGGAGGGGGGGCUGAACGGGUCUGCCACGUCUGCUGGGUUAAUGAAGGGAUGGGACUUCGGGACUACAGGGCCCCUUUAAGGCGUUCACAGAGGCUGUAAAUGGACACACGGGAGAAACUCUUGUCCAAUCAGAGAGCAUCUUCUUGACCCCGCCUUCUUAAAGUGGAAAAACCAGAGGACACAGACUCGUUUCUUUUUCCAUUCUGUAAUCAUUUGUCUUUUUUUUUUAUUUCGCUGUUGAUUCCUACAUUACCCAGAAGGACUUGGCGAUGAGCUGCUCGGCUGCAUCAGUUGUUCUGACGGGCGCCGUAGCGUCAUUAUCCGUCUCCAUGAAACCAGUCGGCUGCUCGCCGCACGUUGCGCUCAUGGUCGACUCCCAGGUUCAGUUUGAGCAGCGAAAGAUAAAAAUGACUGAGACAGGAUUUAAAUUCUUCUUUUCUGGUGACGGUUGAACAUGAAGGUUCGACUGAUGUGGGCGGAUUUAUUUUAUAUUUGUGCCAAAAGACAAAGAAAAAAUGUUUCAGAUCGUUGAGAACGAGGAUAAAAAUGCUCAGUGAUGAAAUUUUCUCACACCAGGGUUUGAUGGUUCAGAUGAGAAUGAGUUGCGGUCAAAGAAACGUCCAUAUUUUGUAAAAUCUUCUUUGUGAGAUGAUUUGAUCGGAGUAACGCUCUUCUUUAACCCUCUUAUUAAACUUUUAUAACCAGUGAGAUCAUUUCAACUACGGAAACAUCUUUGUUUUUUUUAUUACAGCUCGUUUAUUCACAUUUCAUAGUCUCCAAAUAUGGUUACUAACAUGUCCAAUAAUAAACGAUCACAUCUACAGAAGCCCUUAAAGGACAUGCAUCCAUUUUUUUUAUUAUCCUCGUUUCCCCGUGAUAACGAGUCGUUUCUUGACUUAUUUAUAUUAUUAUUAUAACAACGCUGGUUUUCCUGUGAUGAGUUCAUUUCUGAAGAUUUCUAGAAAAGAUUUAAAUGUACUCAUUAUCACAGUAAACAUAACGAGUUAUAAAAUGUCCUUUUUGGGCUCCCAUACAUUUCUGAAUAGCACUUCAUUAAAGAGACCUUUAAAUCGUUUCCGACGCUAAUAGAUGUUUAAGAAGGGGGUUAAAAAAAACGUACCUUACAGUGUGUCCUUACAGUGUGUCCUUACAAUGUGUCCUUACAGUGCGCGAUGUUAGCAUCAGCUUGAUUCUGCAAACGACGCAGUGCGAAGCAACAUCAUGCGGUGUGCCCUUUUAACCCCCGCGUCAUCAGUGUGUCCACCUUCAAAAUAAAAGCACCACAUGUGAAACUGUUUGCAAGGAGAAACUGGAUGGAAAUAUUUAACGGGUGCAGUGUGUGCAGCGCUCGCGUUCUGUUAGGACCCGUUGUGUUAAAGCAGAGACUGGAUCUCCAUUCUCAUCUGACCAUGGGAAUCAUUACCUUGAGUAUCUGAAUUUUACUUCAUUGGCUUCUCUCAGACGGCUGCUGCAGUAUUAAUCCCUCAAAAACAGUCAGCUCAAAAGUUUAACAAAUCAGCAAACCGUCACGCCAGUAAACCUGAGUGAAAGUGAAACUGUAAACCUGCUCCUGAACGAGGCGACCUUGAGCGCUGUUCUCUGAUUGGUUAGACAUCUGUUGGGAGUUGAUACAAAGUUUUUUUUAAUAUAUUUUUUUAAUCUUUGCCCACUGCUGCUGUUCACUUCUGUUUUGAUAUCAAAGUUCUGCAUUGUUUCCUCUUUGUCUAUAUGUUUAUACCAGCUGGCACACAGAUCGCCUUGUUUUCCUUUUGUACGUUUUCUUUGGUUUCGUUCACCUCUUGUUGUUCUGUGGAUACUGUAUAUAACCCAGGUAGCAUUCAGAAACGGUUUGUCGGUUUAAAAGUUCAAAUUUCAUCCAAAUUUCUUGAAGAUUGAAGUUCAACUCAAUUUGGUUUGUGAGUAGGAUGAUUCUUAUUCUCAAGCUGUUUGCCUGAUAACAAAUCUCUCCUUUCUUCUAUGGAAAUAUACGUUUUCACAGAGGAUUGGGGAUGCCUCCCUCUCCCUCUUUUUUUUUGUUUACAGGGGAGGCUGGAACAUCCUCCCUCAUGCAUUUCCCCUCCAACACUCCUGUCCUCUUAGCAAAUGUAGCUGCAGCCACCACAGUAGGCUUAGGCAUCACUACCAGUGAUACAUUUGCAUACACAGCCAUGUUGCCUGACCCACAUCUCAUGUGCCUGAAUGGACUCAGAGACCUUUUACAAAAAGUGUGUAAAGAAGGUAAACGUUUCCAAAAACAGAGGGUUCUCUUUUCUGGAUCCAGACUUUCUCAAAUCUAGAAAAUUCCUGGUGUUAGUUCUGUUGCAUUGGCUCCCUGGUGUUUGCUCCAUAACAUGUUGAUGUAUUGCAAAUCUGUUGUUUGAUAUUGUGAAACAUCCUCUCAAGUUUUUAAUCCAGAACAUAAAGAGGCUGGAAUGUGAACGUUUGUUUUGUGGAAAUGGUACAACAUGAUUGGAGCCUUCCCAGUUCUUACCAAAAGAAAUCAUCUUAAAAGAUGCACCACUCUAGAAGAUAGAAUCAGGAUCUAGAGACUUGAUUCACAGAGCUUUGCAUCCUCCUUUUAGAUCCCAGACAAUCUGAUACUACCUUAGAGGAAGAACAUUUGGUUGAAGAACAUCUUGUAGGGAUUGGUUAUUCUAGAGUUGGAGAAUCUAGCGUCAAAUCAGCUUGAUGACUGCUCUAGAAUCACUCUGAUUUCUGGGUUGAGUUCCCUUUUUAAACAGAAACAUCUUGCUGAAGGAGCUACUCGACAGCUGCACUAAUAAGACACUGCUUCGGGUUAUUCAGUACGAUUCUAGAGCACACACUUUCCGCUUUAUUUUGCUUUUCUAGAGUCUGUGGUUUGUUUACCUCAUUUGUUAUGGUCCAUGAUAAUAAUCACAGACUGGAACAUUUUAAAACAGACAUUUUAACUCUGAGUCCACACGCCCAGUUGAAAGGAACUCCCCUUUAUUGCACUGUUCAAGAACAUUUUACUCAUAUUUAAAUAACUUAUAAUGCUUCUAGACUCUGGACUUAUAUUGCACUCAUCACUGCUCUGGAAUCAGUUUCUGGAGUGGAUCCAAUCAAAAUUAUACGCUUAGUAUAUUUGCUGAAGAACAAAAACAUUUCCUUUCCUUGUAACACACAGCUUCAGAUUCUAGAUUCUAGAGGUUUCAAUAUAUUUUCUAACUAAGUCUAGAGUCGGAGAGUUUUAUCCAAGAAUUUUACUAUAUUUCUGAUGGUCUGUAUAAGAUUUUCUUAGGCCCAUGUCCACCUAGCAUUUUUUUUCUCAGAGCCAGCGUCUUUUUUCAGAUGUUUUAAAUGGGUAGCGAACGUUGGCAGCAGAAAGCGCCGCCUGGAUGAAAAGCGCAGCGCCCAGCGUCUUUUUUAAAAGUGCUCUGCCCUUUUCGUGCGGCCGCUCUGAGCGCUCUAGUUGAAAAUCUUUCAACUUUCAACUUUUCAGAAAGGAGCUGUUGACGUAACCAGCGCUUUUCUGCCCGGAAAAAAAAACGCUAGGGGGACGCGGGGCCUAUAGACAUACUCAUUAAAUUUAAGAACUACAACAUUCUAGAAGACAUUCUAUAAUCUGAACCCCGCACCGGGCUGGGAACAGUACGCCUUCAUUGUAGAGUCAGUUCCAGAAAAGAACUCAAAUUCAAAGUAAUCGCCUUGAUUCUAGAAUCUAGCAUUCACAUAUCUAUUUCAACUCUAGAAUUAAAUCAGUCAAAAAUGUGUGUGAGCUCUGAGUUCCGAUUCUAGAAUGUGGUUCUGGAGCAAUCCAACAUUCUAGAACACUCGCACGGUCCCACCAGUUCUGAUUCUAGAAUCUGUCUGGUGGGGAAACAUGGCGCCAGAAUUGUCGAGUCAGUACUCUAUUUAUGUCUGCCAUUAAAGCGCAUCCGGAUCAGCUCUAGAAUCAGGGUGAUUUUUCUGAAAUGUAUCCAAUCCAAAUGCGUACGAGUCAUGAGCCAUCUGAAGAAACUUCUGAUUGUAUUCCGUGCGAGGGUUGGAUUGGAUCUGUUCGUUCUGAGUCUUGGAUUGGUUGACCACGUUCCUCUGUGCUAGAUAAGACGACCUAAAAUAAAAUUCAUAAAUAAUAUAGAAUUCUAGAACUUGCAUCAUAAAAAUGUUCCAGAUUUUAAAAAAAUACACAAGGCGAGCAGAACUGAGUCUAGAACACCUGUUUUCAUAUUGAAACCCACAGCUUCGGAUUCUAAACGUAUCCAGUGCACCCUCAUUGACGAGUCAGUUCCAGAGAAAUACUCAUAUUUCAACGAAUUGUUCAGGUAUAAGAAUCUAGAAUCAUUUACAGAUCUAGAAUUUUCUGGAGCAUACUGAGUGUGAGCCAGAACAUGCGUCUUGCUUUAUUAAGAAUACACUGGUGUAAAUCUCAGGCGAGUAGAUCUUUCUAGAAGGAACAUUUUCUUCUCCAGGUCUCUGCGCCCUGAUUCUGGAAUUCAUUUUAUUUGGAUAAACACUUUAGAAAUCUUGACCACAGAAGACCACAGUGAUCUCGACAGAACAAACACGUUUGCUGUUCAGUGGAGCUCGGUGUCACAAGCUGUUAAAAUCAUUGUGGUCACAGGAUAACAACACACAUUUCCAGACCUCUGUAGUUUCAGAUUAAAUCGUCCACCGAGAACAAUCUGGAGAGCAGAUUUUCAUGUUUCAGGAUCUAGAAGACUUUGUUCGCCCUCUUCCUCCGACCCUGGUUUCUUUUUGUUGUUUCUUUUACCUGUUGUUACUCCGGUCACCAAGGCAACUUGUUUAAAAAUCAGCUGGUGGCCAUCGAAAAACGUCACAAUUACAGGAGACCUGGUAGUCGUGGGAGCUUUACCCACAAUGCACCUGGCUCCAGGCUGAUUCAUGCUCGACUCCUGGGUGGUUAUUUGGGGGGGGGGGAUAAAAACCUGUGUCUGGGUGGAUCCUCAGCCUCCGUGAUGUGGACAUGAGUAGUCGUCUGUUCAGGAGCCGACACGCUGUUGGUAUUUUACAGAAAAACAUUGAUGUGUGUGUGAGAGAGAGAGAGAGAGUGUGUGUGUGUGUGUGUGUGUGUGUGUGUGCUGUCGAUCAGCCCCUGUUCAGAGCAGUGUUGUUUUUGCAUGCCUAUAUUCUAGCUCGGUGUAAAUCGAUGUGAGUUGCAUGUCUGUGUAGUUUUCAGUUGUUCGGCUGACUUCUGUCUGUUGUGGCUUCGGGUGCCUUUUGUUUUUUAUUUUCUGUUUUAUUUUUAAUUUUUCUUUCCCUGUUUUUUUUUGUACCGUGUGUCCCAGAGGCUGAUGUGUGUUUUUGGGGUUCUUGAGCAAAAAAAAUAUAGAAAAAGAAAACAAAGAAAAUCCUCCUACCAACAGAUCUGCCAGCAGUUAUCGUGAUGACGGCUGUAUAACGUCUGUUUUUGGGCGGAUUGUCCCUUUAAAGAGUGCCAACUACAGAUGCCAGUGUUGUACAGCAGUGAAGAUCUCACACUAUUUACUAAAAUAAACCAUUUCUCUGUUUUUUCA